AUGGGAUCCUAUGAAACAAAAAUUUCAAGGUGCAGCAAGAAUAAAACAUGCACACCUACAAGCUCUGCAAAGGAAUUUGACAUUCUUAAAAUGAAGACUGGUGAAUCUGUCAAUGAAUAUUUGACUCGAACUCUCGUAAUGGUCAACAAGAUGAAAAAAAAUGGUGAGAACAAGAUAGAUGCUGAAGUGGUCUCAAAUAUUCUGAGAUCAAUGACUUCCAAGUUUAACUAUGUUAUGUAUUCCAUUGAGGAAUCUAAAGAAACAAGCAUAUUGACUAUUGAUGAAUUACAGAGCAGCUUUUUGAUGCAUGAGCAACGCAUCAACAUGACUUCUUUAACUGAAGAAGCACAAGAGUUGAAAAUUUCUUUUGAGGAAUAG